CGCCCCUCGGCCAGCCUGUUUUCCUCGCCCAGGCGCUAGGAGCGACCGUGAAGGCUGUUACAGCGCUUGGAGCUUGACGCUAUGGGGCUUCCGGAGGAGCGGAGCCGGAGCGGCAGCGGGAGCGGGGAGCGGGAGGAGGCUGGAACCCGGAACCGGGUGCGGAGUUGGUCUCCGCCGCCCGAGGUCAGUCGUUCCGCGCACGUCCCGUCGCUGCAGCGCUACCGCGAGCUGCACCGGCGCUCGGUGGAGCAGCCGCGAGAGUUUUGGGGAGACAUUGCCAAGGAAUUUUACUGGAAGACCUCGUGUCCUGGCCCAUUCCUCCAGUACAAUUUUGAUGUGACUAAAGGAAAAAUCUUCAUCGAGUGGAUGAAAGGAGCAACUACUAACAUCUGCUACAACGUACUAGAUCGAAUUGUCCACGAGAAAAAACUUGGAGAUAAAGUUGCUUUUUACUGGGAGGGCAAUGAACCAGAGGAGACCACCCAGAUCACAUAUCGUGAGCUUCUGGUCCAAGUGUGUCGAUUCAGCAAUGUUCUCCAAAAACAGGGCAUUCGGAAGGGUGACCGAGUGGCCAUCUACAUGCCCAUGAUACCAGAACUCGUGGUGGCCAUGUUGGCCUGUGCCCGCCUUGGGGCUCUGCACUCUAUUGUGUUUGCAGGCUUCUCUGCAGAGUCUCUAUGUGAACGGAUCCUGGAUUCCAGUUGCAGCCUUCUUAUUACUACAGAUGCCUUCUACAGGGGGGAAAAGCUUGUGAACCUGAAGGAACUGGCUGAUGAGGCGCUGGAGAAGUGUCGGGAGAAGGGUUUCCGAGUGAGAUGCUGCAUUGUGGUCAAGCACCUGGGGCGGGCAGAGCUGGGCACAGGUGACUCUCCCAGCCAAUCCCCCCCUAUUAAGAGGCCAUGCCCAGAUGUGCAGGGUAAGCUGAAAGAGAAACCCAAGCGCAUCUGGCCCCAGAUCUCCUGGAAUCAAGGAGUUGAUUUGUGGUGGCAUGAACUCAUGCAAGAGGCAGAGGAUGAGUGUGAGCCUGAGUGGUGUGAUGCAGAGGACCCACUCUUCAUCCUGUACACCAGUGGCUCCACAGGGAAACCCAAGGGUGUGGUACACACUGUUGGGGGCUACAUGCUCUAUGUGGCUACGACCUUCAAGUACGUGUUUGACUUCCACGCGGAGGAUGUAUUCUGGUGCACAGCAGACAUUGGCUGGAUUACCGGCCAUUCCUACAUCACCUAUGGGCCACUGGCCAAUGGUGCCACCAGUGUUUUGUUUGAGGGGAUUCCCACAUACCCGGAUGUGAGCCGCCUAUGGAACAUCGUGGACAAGUACAAGGUGACCAAGUUCUACACAGCACCCACAGCUAUCCGCCUGCUUAUGAAGUUUGGAGAUGAGCCUGUUACCAGGCAUAGCCGGGCAUCCUUACAGGUGCUAGGCACAGUGGGUGAACCCAUUAACCCUGAGGCCUGGCUGUGGUACCACCGAGUGGUGGGUGCUCAGCGCUGUUCCAUCGUGGACACCUUCUGGCAGACAGAGACAGGUGGACAUAUGCUGACUCCCCUCCCUGGUGCCACACCAAUGAAGCCUGGUUCUGCUACCUUUCCAUUCUUUGGUGUAGCUCCUGCAAUUUUGAAUGAGUCUGGGGAAGAGUUGGAAGGUGAAGCUGAAGGUUACCUGGUGUUCAAGCAGCCCUGGCCAGGAAUAAUGCGCACAGUCUAUGGGAACCAUGAACGCUUUGAGGCGACCUACUUUAAGAAGUUCCCUGGUUACUAUGUGACAGGAGAUGGCUGCCGGCGGGACCAGGAUGGCUAUUACUGGAUCACUGGCAGGAUUGAUGACAUGCUAAAUGUAUCGGGACAUCUGCUGAGCACAGCAGAGGUGGAAUCAGCACUUGUGGAACAUGAGGCUAUUGCAGAGGCAGCUGUGGUCGGCCACCCUCAUCCUGUGAAGGGCGAAUGCCUCUACUGCUUUGUCACCCUGUGCGAUGGCUACACCUUCAGCCCCACCCUCACCGAGGAGCUCAAGAAGCAGAUUAGAGAAAAGAUUGGCCCCAUUGCCACUCCGGAUUAUAUCCAGAAUGCACCUGGCUUGCCUAAAACCCGCUCAGGGAAAAUCAUGAGGCGGGUGCUUCGGAAGAUUGCUCAGAAUGACCACGACCUGGGGGACACAUCUACUGUGGCUGACCCAACUGUCAUCUGCCAGCUCUUCAACCAUCGCUGCCUGACCAUCCAGUAAACAAGACCUUACCCUUUACCCAGACUUCCCCUGCUUGGCUUUCCAAAGUUUUGUCCACUCUCCCUGCCCCUAUCCAGGAGUGCUGAGGGCCAGUGCUGACCCAUGCCACCCUUGACCAGCUGUCUGGGACCGAGGACCAGCUUUGCUCUUGGGUGGAGGUGACUUCCUCUGGCUGCCAGAUAGAUGAGAUGUGGCACAGGUUAGCCUCAGGUUGCUGUGCCCCUAGACUAUAGGAGCCCUUGGAGCCCAGAACAGGAACUUGAAGGCCACGUCCCUUACCCAAAUUAAGUAUGCAGAGGGCAAGUGAAUGUUGACUGAAACAGGGAGGCAGCUUUGUAAUCCUGUCAGCUCUCUCAGGAAGCACCAGUAUUUAUCUUGGGUAUACAUUUGCCCUUAGAAACUCCUGUUUGUGAGUCUCAAAACAACUGAUUAUUAUUUUUUUGAAUACUUUGCUGCUGCUUUUCUGUAUCUGAAUUCCCUUUUGUGCCAGAUGGCAGUGCUUGUCUGCCCACUUGCUUCAGGGGAUGUAGAGACAGGUUAUUUCUAGAGGGUUUUCAGAUUACCUGCUUCUUUGCUGGAAUAAAUAUGUUUUGUUCCAAGGCCAGAAGAGCUUAUCUUCCUUGUCCUCUGUUCCCACCCUUCCAUGAACAAUCAUGCCCAUAAGAGACACUCUCAGAUGAAACUCUUCUUUUCUUGCCAUAGUCAUGCUCAGGCUCUGUGGUUGUAGGAAUAAAGUCUGUGACUUUAAGAA